GAGAGAGAGAGCAAGUGAAUGGGAGAGAGAGUGUGAGUGAGAGCACAAGAGAAAGGUGGAACGCCUAUGCUCUGGUCAGUGUAAGAUCUUAACAGACUGAACAUUUAGUCAAUUCAGAUAAUUUCUAAGAUAACGCAUAUGGUUCUAGUUUGACCUUGGGGUCAGGGAGUAGAGAUCACAGAGAAGAAACUUCCUUGUCGGCUUUGUCAUUUCUUUACCCCUUGAAGAAGAGGAUACAGGGGCAGAGGAGACAAGUCGCUUAAUAAAGAAGAUAGACUCACAAUUCCUGUGGUAACAGGGUCCAUGACCCUCUGAUGAGAAUCAGAUAAGACAAAGCAGACACGGAGAGUUGGUUUACAGGUGUGUUUGGAAUGAAGAUGUCAAUGGUGAAACAGGCAGCAAUGGCUGCGGUGGUGGUAGUGAUGGGAAGCAUGGCCGUCAUCGCUCUAAUCCUCACAUUAGUUCAGCACCACUCAGUGGAUCUCCCCCAUCGCAUGCAGUACGGGAUGGUGUUUGACGCUGGAUCCACACACACUUCUCUCUACAUGUACCGUUGGCCUGGAAACAAAGAAAACAACACUGGGGUGGUGUCACAGAUGCUGGUCUGUGAUGUUGAUGGAUAUGGCAUCUCUAGCUAUGCCCGGGACCCCACUGCUGCAGGGCUCAGUCUGAGGAAGUGCCUGGACAGUACACUGGCAGUCAUCCCUGCCAACCAGCUGAGGGAAACUCCUGUGUACCUUGGUGCUACCGCUGGCAUGCGACUCUUGCAGCUACAGAAUCAGACCCAGUCUGAUCAGGUUUUGGAGCAAGUAACCAAGGUGAUCCAGGGGUAUCCUUUUGACUUUCGGGGAGCACGGAUUCUCUCUGGGAUGGAGGAAGGGGCUUACGGAUGGAUCACCACCAACUAUCUACAAGAGGGCUUCAUUAAGCACGGCUUUGAGGGAGGAUGGGUGCGUCCUAAAGGAAGGAAGAUCUGGGGCGCCCUGGAUAUGGGAGGCUCUUCCACCCAGAUAGCCUUUACUCCCAGCCAGCCUGUACGGGACCCUGCCUCCACCCUGGGACCCAAGCUCUAUGGUUACCAAUAUGAGGUGUACACACACAGCUACCUGUGCUUUGGCAAGGAGCAGACCAUGAGGCAGCUACAGGUUCAUCUUCUCAAGAUGAGUGGGUCUACCCGCCCAGUCAACCACCCCUGCUACCACCUGGGUGACAACCUAACCCUGACUCUGGGUGACCUCUACGACUCCCCCUGCGUGACCAGACCCGUGACCUUUGACCCAGCCUCAGUGGUCACCUUCACAGGGACCAGUGAGCCACUUCAGUGUCUCAACCAGAUAAAGAACAUCACGAACAUCACGAACCUGGCUGCCUGCUCCCUGGCCCCUGACUGUGGCUUCAACGGGGUCUACCAGCCCCCUGUCAGUGGAAACUUCUUUGCUUUCUCAGCAUACUAUUACACAUUUGACUUCCUUGGUCUGGCACCUCAGUCCUCUCUGUCUCAGGCUACCACCACUAUAGACACUUUCUGCAAAAGGACCUGGAGCUCGCUCAAGAAAGAGUACACUGUAAAAGACAAGUACCUUCGUGAUUACUGUGCCUCAGCCAACUACAUAAUGACAGUACUACUAGACGGCUACAAGUUCAACCAGACCUGGGGAAACAUAUACUUCCAGAGACAGGUGGCAGACACAGACAUUGGCUGGACGCUGGGCUACAUGUUGAACCUGACCAACCUGAUCCCCUCAGAGCUCCCCCUGGUGGUGACAGGUGUGCAACACAGCCAGUGGGCAGCGGAGGUCUCCUUCAUUGUGUUUGCCGUGUUCCUCAGCCUGAUGGUACUGGUCCUACUGUGGCUCUGGAGCCCACAGGAGGGACGAGGCAACAAAUGACAAUCGAUGAACGUCUCGGUCUUCUAGUCACCGAUGAUGAGAUGCAAUGUGAUGUAACAGCAGCGAUCAAUAAGAUCAGAAGAGUGUGGCAGCUCCUGGAACUCCCAGUAAUAGUUAAAUAGUCAUAUUUUCUGUCAAUAUGACUAAUUAUGGAGGCUGUUGAAUGCAUUAUGAAUUUAUUAGGCAUUUAUAAGCUGCAUAGCUUGAUAUUGUUCAUGCAAAUAGAAACCCUACAACUAUAAUAUAUAACUACCUAAUAUAAAUGAAUAGUGUUGGUAUGAACGUAUUCCUCAAUGAUUUUAUAUCUUUUCCCCCCAUAAACAGUAAUUGAAGGAAGUACCAAAGGGAGGAUCAUUUCAAGUGUCACAUCACUAUUACUACCUGAUUUGUUCAAUGCAUUUGAUAUAUAUUACACUUAGAAAUAAAAAUACAAUCACAAGGG